AUGGGAUUCCGAUUUUGGUCAAGGGGGUCGGUUAGUAUUGAUGGGUUGAACAGCUCUGCAGGGUCGUACUGCCUGCUUGGCUCUCGGACAAGAAACGAGGCUUCUGUCGUCGCUCGUUUGCGAGCUGCUGGUGCUGUCAUUUUAGGGACGACAGACUUACCUGAAUGGGGCAGCUCACGUUCGUCCGGCCAGACGGCCUCGAACGGCUGGAGUGCUGUCGGGGGGCAGACUUGUGGUGUUUACUAUCGCGAACAGGAUCCUUGCGGAAGUAGUAGUGGGAGUGGUGUUGCUGUUGCGCUUGGGUUGGCGGCUGGGGCGGUGGAGGUUGAGGUAGGUAUAUUUACAAUGGGGAGCAUCACCUGCCCGGCUAUGCGGGGCAAUCUUGUGAGCAUCAAGACGACUUCGGGGCUUGUUCCUCGGGACAAUGUGAUUGUCACAAGAUUCCGCGGCCCUGUCGGCCCCAUGACCCGGACUGUUCGGGAUGCUGCGAUUAUGCUUAAUUUCAUGGCUGGACCGACUUCAGAAGACCCCGACAGUUUACGGAUUCCGUUUUCGAUUGUGCCGGACUAUACAAAGUCGCUGAAGCUUGGUGGGUUGGUCAACAGCCGUCUUGCUGUUCCGCGCAACAAUGGGGAUGACCCGUUCGUGGCGAAGAUGGAUCUCGCUCCGGUGAUGGAGCAGUUUGAUGGGGUUUUGGAUGUUGUGAGAGGACUUGGGGCGAGGAUUAUUGAUGAUGCGAAUUGCUCCUCUUAUGAGGAAAUCAACGCUGCUGAUGCGCCACAGGGCCGGGUCGGGCCGUCGGAGUAUCGGUUUGAUAUCGAGAGGUGCUUUCCGAGUCUGGCGGUUCACCCGUAUGGUAUUCGGACUGUGGAGGAUCUCAUCAACUGCACCAAGACUCUCCCCAAAGAAGAAUACCCCUCUCGCGACGUUGCUUACUGGGAGCAGGUGGUCAAGUCUGCUGACUUCGGGUCGCCCGAGAUGGCCAAAGAAAUCGAGAGAAUGAGAGACCUCGGCGGGACAAGGGGGAUUGAUGCUGUAAUUGACACCCACAAAGCCGACGCGAUUGUAUUCCCAUCAGUAUGCUCCUCGGAAGUACCCGGCCUUGUUGGGUACCCGGUUGUUUGUGUGCCGCUGGGGUUUUCACCCGAGGGGACAGAGGUGGAGAGGAAUACAAAGGUGGGAUUUGGUGGAGCAAGCGCCUGGCAUACCGUGAGUAAUUCCUCCCAGUGUGAUCCACCACUCUUCAUUGGGAAGCCGGUCACCGAGGAGAAGUUGAUUGAGCUGGCGUAUGCUUUCGAGCAACAUACUCAGAUUGGGAGGCAAAGGAAGCCGGUGGUGCUGCCCGGUGCUGAUAUUUGUGAUAUUUUGCGAGAGAGGAGGGUUGUGUGGAGGGUUUGGUGUAAACUACGGGAAUGGUUUGUGAUAUGA